UGCGCUGCACUGCAGGCCACUCCCAAACCAGAACUAGGCAGUGACUGACUGAGCGUGACACCACCACUUUUACCGCGACCAUGGCUCCUGCAGCUUCCCGCACGCACCACCACCGCUCGCUGGCCUUGGUCGUCCUCGCGCUGGUGGCGGCCGCAACGGCCACGGUGGCCGGCGCGCAGCUGUCGUCGGAGGACUACUACGACGCCUCGUGCCCCGCCGCCCUCCUCACCAUCCGGUCCGCCGUGGCGGCGGCGGUGCUGCUCGACCGCCGCAUGGGGGCCUCCCUCCUCCGGCUCCACUUCCACGACUGCUUCGUGCAGGGCUGCGACGCGUCGGUGCUGCUGGACGACGCGGGGGGCUUCACCGGCGAGAAGGGGGCGGGGCCGAACGCGGGGUCGCUGCGGGGAUUCGACGUCAUCGACAACGCCAAGAUGCUGCUCGAGCUCCUGUGCCCGCAGACCGUCUCCUGCGCCGACAUCCUCGCCGUCGCCGCCCGCGACGCCGUCGAACAACUGGGAGGCCCAUCCUGGACGGUUCCCCUGGGCAGGAGGGACGCGACGACGGCGAGCGCGUCCCUGGCCAACAGCGACCUCCCCGGACCCACCUCCAACCUCAACGGCCUCCUCAACGCUUUCUCCAACAAGGGACUCAGCACCACCGACAUGGUCGCCCUGUCAGGGGCCCACACCGUCGGGCGGGCGCAGUGCCGGAACUUCCGGGCCCGGAUCUACAACGACACCGACAUCGACGCCACCUUCGCGGCGUCGCUGCGGGCGAGCUGCCCGGCGCAGGCGGGCUCCUCCAGCGACGGCGCGCUGGAGCCGCUGGACGGGACGUCGCCGGACGCCUUCGACAACGACUACUUCGGGAACCUGCUCUCCCAGCGCGGGCUGCUGCACUCCGACCAGGCGCUCUUCGGCGGCGGCGCCACGGACGGCCUCGUCAGGGCCUACGCGUCCGACGCCGGCCGAUGGGGGAGCGACUUCGCGGCGGCGAUGGUCAGGAUGGCCAGCAUCGGCCCGCUCACCGGCACGGACGGCGAGAUCAGGGUCAACUGCCGGAGGGUGAAUUGAGUGUGUGGAUACAUCGCGAUCGCAUUGCUGAUUGCGAGUGGUGGUGGAGUGGAAGAGUGUGUACAUUCUGCAGAGAGCCAGGGAUAGAGUUGGAAUGGAGUAUGUAUACGCACAUCAUAUGUAUACCACUAUUGUUUAUUUAUUAAUUAUUGCAAAUACAUAA